AUGAAUAAUCGUGUCAGUAAGAGAUCACAUCAAGCGUGUGAAAACUGCAGGCGGAAAAAGACGCGGUGCCCAGGGGAGCGACCAGCGUGCUCAAUAUGCACGCGCCUCCAACAAACAUGCCAGUAUAGCAGAAGCUAUGACUUAUUGGAGAGAUCACUUGGCGAUCGGCAGGAGGACCGAUUACAACAGCUUGAAGAAAAAAUGGAAUUAAUGCUGGAAGGGUCAAUAUCCAAUCGCCAAAUUGAAAUACGUAAAUCACAUUCUCGUGGACCUCCAAGUUGCGACAAUGCAUCGGAAUCAAGCAAUAUGCAGGCAAAGCCUAUGACACAAGGGAGACCGACUGAUGAGAAAGCUCUUCAGGCUACAAAUGCAUUAUCUUUCGCAAUGCCACCCAAAGACGUUGUUACGGAGGGUAUUGCUCUUUAUUUUAAAUACUGCCACAAGCAACCUCUAUGGCUCUUUGACCCAGACGAUCUCACUGCCGAAAGCUGUCGCAGCGAGGUGAUAUUUGGCGUUCUCAGUCUCGCUCUGCGUUACUCCAACAAUCCGUUUCUAAAAGGACAGGCAGAUCAGAUGUGUCAGCAAUACGCCAAGGCCGCUCGCAGCUACGCUAUGCUGCGAAUCACCGAUGGGACUGUAAACCUUUCAACCAUACAGAGUUUCUGUUUGAUCGCAUUGGCGGAAUACACUGCCAAUGAUACCCAUCUCACUUGGCUACAUAUUGGCCUUGCUACAAAUCUCGCCAAAUGUGCCGGCAUUGAUACUGAGCUCCACGAAGGUGAAUUCAUACCAGAAGUGGAAGAGCGGCGGAGGGUGUUUUGGAGCAUCCAUCUUCUUAACCAGCAAUACGCUUCACAUAACAUGCAACUGAAUAUGCUGCGGGACAUUCACAAUCCAAAGUACAUGGCUGUCAAUGUUGACUCUCAACUGGAAAUGGGGUUAAAGCCACCUCAGACUCCUCAAGAGAGCGGUGCGUUCACAUUAAGAGGAGGCAUAUGGGCUUAUAUGGUGCAGCUAUCCACUCUUUGGAGCGAAGUGCAGUAUUACGUUUCGCAUUGCGCUAGCAGAGAUCCCACGUCGCCCUGGUUGGUGGACUCUGGCUACUCAAUUAUCGGAGCCCAUCUGAUGGACAUGGAAACCAAAUUUCCCACCUCCCAUCGAUAUGACUCGGUCAGGUUUCAGGACCAAUCAAAAGAAGAAUUACAUCGCAACCGCGAAUACUGGAGUCCCUGGCUGUACCUCCAGUUCACCUAUCACGCCGUGCACAGCGUCCUCAAUCACCCUUUCCUCUACUCGUGGCGGCCGCAACAAUCCGCUCAGUUUGCAGUGCCAAACACCUUCUGGAGAACAUCAUCAGAGUUGGCACUUAUCCACACAACAUGGACAGUUCACCUCAUUGACAUGAUUGCCGAGAAAGAAUAUCAACUUUCAGAUCCGUUUCUUGCCCAUGCAGUGGCGAUUGCUGCGACGAUCCACAUGUAUUACUGCCGUGCUACAGAUCCAGCCGUGGCAGAUUCCGCUCAACGGAAACUCGACACUUGCAUGAGAUUCUUGGGUGAGUUGGCCACCAAAUGGCCAAGGUGCCAGGCAAUACAUCAAAAGAUUCAGCGGCUCAUCCAGUCCGCAUUUGCUGUCAGUCUAUAUUCUAGUCGGCACCGUUUACCUCGGAGGACGCUAUCAAUAGAAACGGCAUUGAUGUGGGACAUCCUUUGCCAGAAGUCCACCGAGACUUCAUCCGCUCCUCCAGGGGAUGGUCUCUUUGACAUAUCGUUUCUACAGCCUCCUAGUCAGAAACACCCAGAUCAAGUGACUGUUGAGACCGAGAUAUUCCAUCAUUCUGCGGGGCCGGUAGAUACAUCCGAUGGAGGCCAAGCGCUGCCACCAUACUCAAGUACAGUACACGAUCGGUCCACUUUUGAGAACCCGGAAAAUGAGCCUUGGACUCGGAACAAUUCAGCUUCAUCUGACAAUGUCCCAAGUCAGGCACCUCCACCACGGGAUCCAUGGAUGUGGCCAGGAUCUGGAUUUCCGGGCGAUGUGUCCUUCAUGGACCUUACGCAUGACCCCUUUUUCCGAUUUCAGGAUCACGAAAAUCCGUAUCGGGGACUCUGGAAAAUUGGAAAUCUAUAAUGAUAAAGUUUUCUACUAUCUCUUGGGGUUUUGGUUCAUCUAUCCAUCGCCACAACCAUCGACAUUGGUAGUCCCUCAAAUAUACCCAUAGAAUAGUCAUGUAUGAAUUAAAGCCCUUAAAG